AUGCUUCGCCUAAGAGCUGUUUGUCCAUUUUCCUGGAGAGCAUUUCAGUUUCGAUCCUGCAGUUGUAAACCACUAAUUACCGAAAUGAUUAAGUGUACAGAUGAAGGGCAAAUCUUUGAUCUUAUUCAAAAAAGCAAAGCCAUACUUUCAGAAAAGCAGGUGGAAUGUGCAUUUAAUAUACUUUGGCAGUUUCAAAAGCAGAAGACCAGCUUUUUAAAAAAUGUUGAGUGUGUCAGAGACCAUCCCCAGUUUAUUACUCUUCAUAAUUUAGCUACAAGUCAAACGGAAUUCAUGAAUGAUGAUACCCUGGUGAAUGUGUUGUACCUCACACAACAGUGUGCUACUGAGACCCAUGACCUACUGGUUGAAGCUCUAGUUACAGAAGCAUGGAGAAGACUGGAAAGGUUUGAUAUUAAUAUGCUAUCAAAAUUUUCCUUUUGCCUAGCAAAUCAACAUUUAUAUUUCAGUCCAUUAAUGGGAAAAAUAGCUGAUAUUGUACACAGGAAACUGGAAACCAUAGAGGACUUAAGGUCCUUGUCUGUAUUGAUGGUCAACAUAUCUUCUUUAAUAUCACAACAUUUUCAAGACCAAUUAGUGAACAAAACAGAACAUCUUUUUGAUACCAUAGAUUCUUCCCAGGUCAACGUUGCAAGAAGAAUAGUAAAAUUUCUUCGAAAUAUUAAAUAUAGUUAUUACCCACUAUUAGAAAGGUGUAAUACGGUAUUUUUAAGCAAUAUGAACCACCUUGAUUUGGACUCCAUCAGUAAAAUACUUAGUCUAUACCACUCUCUACAGUUUCAUAGUUUUGAAUUUGUUAAAAUGGCUAAAAAGAGGCUAACUGAAAUGAUUUCUCUGUUCAAUCACCCUCAUAGCUUUGUAAAACUGUUUGUAGCAUUGGGACCCAUGGCAGGACCUGAAGAAAAGGAACAUUAUAGUUAUUUGAAAAUUAGUGUUAUACCUAGUGAGAUUUCCAUCCUGGUCUAUGCCCUUUCCAUUCUUCCAUCUCCUUACCUAGAUGAAGUGGAGAUAUCUCGAAUUGAAGCAGUUUUACCACAAUGUGACCUAACUGACCUGAAUAGUUUCGCCACAUCUGUUUUAAGAUGGAUUCAUUAUGAUCGCACAUAUCUGGAUAAUACUACUGGGAAACAGCUGAAACUACUUCAAAAACUAGAUCACUAUGGUCUUCAGAGACUACAGAAGUGCACCAAUUUGAAUCUGUUAUGGGAAGAACUUAAAUCUUUAAAAGGAGACUGGUUUGCUGAGUCACUUCUUGAAGAAACAGUUGCUACUUUACACCGUUUGAUGGAUGAAAUUAAUUACAAAAAUGUGGCUGAGAUUGCAUCUUUUCUUUCUAGAACUAACUACCUCAGUACUUUGCUACUUGAUAGGAUAGCUUCGGUGGUCCUUCAGCAGACUGAAAAGAUCCACCCUUUUGCGAUCCUUCCUAUUAUUCUUCCAUUUAGCGUCUUGAACUAUGAUCCACCUCAAAGUGAUGAAUUUUUUGGAAUUUGCGUUCAACACCUUAAUUCUUACUUAAGUGUACUGGAUCCUCUCAUGUUAGUGUUUCUUGGUUUCUCUUUGGCCACACUUGAAUAUUUUCCAGAAGAUCUGCUGCAGGCUAUUUUUAACAUUAAAUUCUUAGCCAAAAUGGAUUCUCAACUUGAAUUUUUAUGUUCAUCUUUAAGUAUGAGGGUCCAAUUACGUCUUAUGGAGUUAAACAGAGCUGUCUGCUUGGAGUGCCCUGAGUAUCAGAUUCCAUGGUUUCAUGACCGCUUCUGCCAACAACAGUAUAAUAAAGAUACUGGCAGCAUGAAUGGAGCACAACAGCAGAUUAAUAAAAUGUUAGCAGAGGUGUUAGGAGGAACCAAUUAUGUAAAAGCCUCGGUUCUUACACCUUAUUACCAUAAAAUAGAUUUUGAGUGUAUCUUGGAUAAAAGAAAAAAACCUCUUCCAUAUGGAAGCAAUAAUAUAACUUUGGGAAAACUACCAAAAAUGCACUGGGAAUCAAAUACCCAAAUAACUGGAUCAACACUGCCACCAGGAGCUGAAAGGAUUGCUUUGGAAUUUUUGGAUUCAAGAGCUUUUUGUAGAAACAUCCCUCACUUAAAGGGGAAAUCUGCUAUGAAAAAACGACAUUUGGAAAUUUUGGGGUAUCGUGUAAUUCAGAUCCCUCAUUUUGAAUGGAACUCUAUGGCACUGUCAACAGAGGAAGCUCGGAUGGACUACCUGAGAGAAUGUAUAUUUGGCGAAGGCAAAUCAUGA